AUGUCUGCUGAAGCUGCACCACCAAAGAGAAACUUCGCUCGUUCCAACAGAGGAGGUAAACAAAGAAGAGGUAGAAGAGAUGAAGAAAAGGGCUGGACUCCAGUCACCAAGUUAGGUAGAUUAGUGAAGGCAGGUAAGAUCUCCUCCUUAGAAGAAAUCUACUUACACUCUUUACCAGUCAAGGAAUACCAAAUCAUUGACCAAUUAUUACCAGACUUAAAGGAUGAAGUCAUGAAGAUCAGAUCCGUCCAAAAGCAAACCAGAGCUGGUCAAAGAACCAGAAUGAAGGCUGUUGUCGUUAUUGGUGACUCUAACGGUCACAUUGGUUUAGGUAUCAAGACCGCCAAGGAAGUUGCUUCCGCUAUUAAGGCUGCCAUCAUCAUUGCCAAGUUAUCCAUUAUUCCAAUCAGAAGAGGUUACUGGGGUACCAACUUAGGUGCUCCACACUCUUUACCAACCAAGGUUACUGGUAAGUGUGGUUCCGUUGCUGUCAGAUUAAUCCCAGCUCCAAGAGGUAAGGGUAUUGUCGCUUCCCCAGCUGUCAAGAAAUUGAUGCAAUUAGCUGGUGUUGAAGAUGUCUAUACUUCUUCUUCCGGUUCUACCAGAACCACUGAAAACACCUUAAAGGCUGCUUUCAUUGCUAUUGGUAACACCUACACUUUCUUGACUCCAAACUUAUGGGCUGACGCUCCAUUAGCUCCAUCUCCAUUGGAUGUCUACGCUGAAGAAGCUGCUGGUUCCAAGAGAAGAUACUAA